AUGUCUAAACCUGAGCAACCCCCAAUUCAUCACUCCUACCUCCCCUGGCUUAAUGCACCCUUUCUCACCCAAAUCAAAUCACACUUUCCCAUAUUGAAACUCAUCAACAAGUGCUUCAUCCUCACCAUCCAAAUCCUGUUGCCCUCUGACUCUCCCAGUCAAACACCAUGCAAGGCUACUAAGGUGCCAGAGAGGGAAUUAAGGAAGAAGGAGAAGAUGCACUUGGUUGCUGAGGAGGAGAUGGUAGCCAAGCCAUUGGCUUGUGCAGAAAUUGUGCAGCUAAUACUAGACCAUGGGAAACUUCAGUUACCAGACAUCAUUUCACAAUUGGACAAAUGUAUCAAAUACGAAGCAGAAGAGAAAGUUAAAAUAGUGGGUUUCCCUACAGUGAAGGAGUUGCAAGAGGCUCAAGAGACUGGAGGCACAGCUGAAAUGGGAGGAGGAAGCAGCAGAGAGCGCAGGCUUGUGAGCAAACACAGAAUCAUAGAAGUGGAAGCCAAAAGAUCUGAUCAGUCAUCAGUCAUCCAAGAAAAGGCAACAGAAGAGGACAUGGUUGAUGAUAAUGUCUACUUUCAACUCAUCAAGAUGGCUGUAGGAGAGCAUUUUAAUCAAUGUGCUGCUCUUAUCAUGCGAGCCACACUAAAGGUCUUGUCUCAUCAACCAAAAAAGCCUCUAGUGCUUCACUUGUCAAGGAUUAUCUUGGUCUAA